AUGACCCUCUCGACAUCUUCACUCCUCCUUAUUGUGUAUGUCAGUUGUGAGACGACCAGAGCAAACUAUGCCUACCAUGCUUUUCACAACUUCCCCCAAAUCUCAGCCUCCUUGAUAGCGUUGCUCUCGGGGGUACUCAAGCUGGCAAUCGCCAUAAUCUUUCUCCUCCGAUCCGACAAUGGGAUCACGAUCUCGAGUUUCCACAAGUUCAUACAGACGGUGCAGCAAGGGCAGUCCGAUUUUAGAAGGAUGCUCAGAUAUGCCAUUCCAGCUGCGCUGUACCUUAUUAACAAUCUGAUUUACUAUACGGUGCUUCCGAAAACUUCACCCGGCCUCCUACAAGUCUGCGUCCUCGCCAAGCUACCGACAACGGGAAUUCUCCAUCACUAUAUGAUCAAGCCACAGAAAAACGUUCACGCCUGGAUUUCGCUGUUAUUCUUGUGCAUUGGCCUGGUCAUCUUCAAUGUUCCUUCCAAGACGGAUGAACAUAAGUCGAUUGCUGAGGCGGGGUCAGCCUGGUACCUUGCCCCACUCGCCGGCUUUGCCAUAGCCUGCUUCUCUGCACUGGCGAGCAUUAGUGCCGAAACGUCUACCAAAACGGGGGACUUCUGGGAAUCCCAAGCUUACCUUUACGUCUGGGGCAUCGUAUUCGCAAUCAUAGCAUAUCCCCUAAUACCUUCAAGUGGGACGGAACCUGGUGAGAGAAGUCAAGGUUCUGUCCUAUCUGGUGAGGGAAUGUCAAUCAUAGGUCUGGUGGUCAUCACAUCAGGCAUGGGACUUGUGGUAGCAGUGGUGCUUCGGGCGCGAGACAACAUUUUGAAGAUGAUUGGGACCGCUGCUUCUCUCGUCACCGUUUCAGCUAGUCAAUAUAUUUUGUUCCCAGAGCUUCGGUCAUCCACAUUCACGACAUGGCGAGUGUGCGGAGGAGGUAUUGUAGUGAUAAGCACAUGGUGCUACAAUCACUACAGUCAAAUUCCAUGGCCGCCGAAGGACAGCAAGGAGUUCGCCGACGAACAAGUCCCAGAAACUGAGUUCCUGUUGAUCGAAGAAUCCUCAUCGCAGGAAAAAGAAGCCAUCACGAAUGAUCUUACAGCUGAAACUUCCACCAAGGGCGAUCUUCUCCAACCAGAUUCUACAAAGAUACUGGCUUGUGCUAUAGUGAUAGCUUUCGCCACGAUGGAGGUCGCGUUAUCUAAGUCGUGA